AUGAAUAAUCCCAUUUUUAAUACUGCAAGGAUAUUUUUGCAAAACAAAUAUCACUUUCCCACUCCCUUGGAAUUAUUCAAACACCUUAUCACUAAUUCAAGUUAUUUUCAGACAUUGUCAUUGAAAAAUGACUCCAAUGAUGAGCUUUUAUAUAAACUGAUUUUCAUUGCAGGAUUUCAUGAAAGAAGAAAUUGCGGAAGUAUUGUUAAGGAAUUUUCUUAAAAUUGCUUGAUUUAAAUUAGAGAUCGAAUAGAGGACAUGUCUCUGGAUAUACCUACUUUAAUUUAAGCUUUUUUAUCUAUGAGCAAUGUUUUGCUAGAUGAUGAAAAAAUUGUUUCAACUAUUUUGAAAUAAUUGAAAGACCAAGAAGAUUAAAUCACUCUUAAAUAGUUUCAUUCUAUCUAGCAUUGCUUAUACAAAUUGGGGAGACAGAAUAAUUAUUGGUCAUCUAAAGCUUGUGAUGCUAUGACCAAUAAUUUAACUACAAUUAUAAUCCAAGACUAUGUAUAAUACUUGCAUAUUGCUAGCAAUUUAUAUUAAUUUGGUUUGUUUUAAGAAGAACAUCUCAUUAAACUUUUGGAUAUUUUAUAUUACAAACUUGGAAAAUAAUAAAAACAUAUAUACUCUUCUAAAUUUACAUUCUAAUUUGCCUAAAUGAUGUUUAACAUCUAUCCUGAAAUUAUCAAUUAACCAUUAAAUUAACUCUCUUGUAAGCCGCAUACUCCUUUUGAAAUGUAUUUCUAGUUUCUGAAAAGGGAUUAUUAAAUUUGUAGAUAAAUCCUUCAAAGAAAAAACCUUGGAGUUACAAUAGAUUAUUUUGAGAAUGAAAAUUUUCCAUUCCUAUUAAGAUUAAGAUAAGAUUCUAUUAGUCGAACCUAAACUCUUUUAGAAACUGAAAUUAUUGAGAUUCUAAACAAAUUGUAAUUAAAAUUCCUUAAAUUUUAAAAAGUUCUUAUUUAUGACGUUGAUUUUAAAGUGAUGGACAAUUAUGCAAUUAAUUGUAAUGGGCCACUACAUUUUAUUUCAACUUUGGAUGGAAAAAUAAAAUAAAAAUCAUUCAACACAAUGAUGCAAUAUAGACAUUUGAAAGCUCUGGAAACUCCAAAUGUCAUAGAUUUUGAUUUUUUCGAUUGGAAACAAGAAGACUCUAUGGAAUUCAAAAUAUCAAAAAUAAAGACACUCUUGAAUUUGAUUUGA